AAGCUGUUCAACCUCUUUCCUCUCAUUUCUCUGAGUUCAGGAGACGCCUGAGGGUGAAAUCAGAGUACAGUUAAUUUGAGUGGAUAAGAGAUCACCUCACUUUCUCUGACGCUACAUUACAUCUUUGGAAGAGGCUUUUUCUCUCGUUGUUUCUCCUUUGUCUUGUCACCAGCUCGACCUUUGGACUGGUCUUCAGCACCAUGGACAGCGCCUUGGACAGGCUGGACGCUGCAGGUUUUUUACAGAUCUGGCAACAUUUCGACGUAGAUGACAACGGUUACAUUGAAGGAAAGCAGCUGGAUGCCUUCUUUCGACACAUGCUGGGAAAACUUGGGAUGAAGAGAGAGGAAAUAACCAAGGACCAAAUCAGAAGACUGAGAGAAAGAUUCAUGUCUGCUCACGACACUGCAGCUGAGGGACGUCUGCAGAUCCAAGAGCUGGCCACCAUGUUGCUGCCAGAGGAAGAAAACUUCCUGCUUCUGUUUCGCAGAGAGACUCCGCUGGACAACAGUGUGGAGUUCAUGAGGAUCUGGAGAAACUAUGACACAGACAGCAGCGGCUACAUCUCAGCCAUCGAGCUCAAGGGCUUCCUUCAGGACCUGUUCCUCCAACACGGGAAGUCCAUCACUCCUGAGAAACUGGAGGAGUACACUGACACCAUGAUGAAGAUGUUUGACAAAAACAAGGAUGGCAGACUGGAUUUAAAUGACCUGGCCAGAAUUUUGGCCCUGAAAGAAAACUUCUUACUGAAGUUCAAGAUGGAUGCCUGCAGUCAGGAGGACAGAAAGAGAGAUUUUGAGAAGAUAUUUGCUCACUACGAUGUUAGUAAGACAGGUGCGUUGGAGGGUCCUGAGGUUGAUGGAUUUGUCAAGGAUAUGAUGGAGCUGGUGAAGCCCAGCAUCAGUGGAACAGACCUGGACAAGUUCAGGAAAGCCCUGAUGGGACACUGUGACAUCAACGGAGACGGAAAGAUCCAGAAGAACGAGCUGGCUCUCUGCCUCGGCCUCAAACUCAGCUAAUGGAGACUCACAACAUUCACACAAGUGUCUUUGUUCCCUCCACGCCUCCUCCCUCCUCUUUUCUUUCCUCCAUCCCUAUUGUUCCUCACUUCCUCUUUUCCUUCCUUCUCUCCACUCUUCUUGACCUUUCAUGUUCCCAUGUGACCUUUCAUCCCUUACUGGCUCCCAGUUUGAUGUUAAAAAAGACAGUAUAAAGCACAGUAUCUUCCCACAGUUUUAUAUAUUUUUCUGUAUUAAAAUUCUAGCAGAAGUGAAGUGCAUUAAAUAUGGAUUUAUGUCACCAUGGUUUUAACAUAACUUUGACUUACACAAAGCUAAAAAAUAUCCAGCUGGUGUCUUAUGAUGAUGGUCUUAUUUUAAUGACUGUGUGGCAUGCUGUUUCUUGGUAAUGUUGUGAUUAAUGAAGCUGUGUUUACAUGACAUUAAUGUGAAAUCAGUAAAAUAAAUGAUGCUUAAUAAAAUGUAUUUAAUCUUU